AUGUGCUUGAUUUUUGCGUCAAUCGUAUUGUUGUUCGAGUCAUCGUCGGUGCAAGCUCAUCAUCACCGAGGUCUUCCUCCUGGAGGUCCCCGUGGUCCCCGUGCACCUAGACCUCAGAUGGGCAUGGGCUACCCUUCCGGUGGAGGAAUGGGGCCUGGCAGUAUGAUGGGUGGAAGAAACGGUGGUUACAUGCCUGGCGGCAUAGGAAGCGGCAUGGGAAGUUCUGUGGGAAGCGGCAUCGAUUUUGGAUUAAAAACCAGCAGCAGCGGCAGCUAUUCAGCAGGCAACGGAUUUAGUGGUAUGCCUGGAGCUGGAGGUAUGGGGUACGGCAAGUAA